GGCCGCGGGCGUCGCUGACCACACGCGCGGGAGGGAUCGCCCCGGCGCGACGUCGGUUUCGCGCUUACAAGAGUGCUAACGUCUUACAAACGUAAAUUCACACUCGUAAGACGCCUUACAGGCGUAACUUUACCCCUGUAAGACGUCUUACAGACGUAACUUUACAUGAUUCGUUGCCCGCUCUGAAACGCCGUUGUGUGUUUUGGGAACAUAUCCGGCAAGUUAGAAGCAAUUUGAAAUACCAAAUAGCCACUUGAUGAAAAUCCAUUUAACAAAAUAAAUAAGAACUAAAAGUUUAGAUUUUUUCAACAACACCUCGUGUAGGACGUCAUUCGCGAGGUCUUUAUAGUGCAACUCUACGCCUCCGUCAGCUGACCGUAGCGAACAAAAUUUGUAAGAUAACACACCGAGUUGGCAGUUUUGUCAAGCAACAACUUUUCGAUUUUUCAUGAGUAAAAUCGCUUUUUUUUUCAAACCUCGUCGACCCUCUUACUUUUACACUUGUAAGAGUGAAAUUAUCCCAGGACACCGAGCAAUAGCUUUUCGACCGAGUAAAUUUUCAGUUGUAAGACAAUUCGGUUCCCACUCGCCGCGUCCGUCUUAACAAUGUAAGAUGCCAUUUACGUUGUCUUACAAAUGCAAUUCUUCUUCAGUUUUGGUUAGUUCCGACCUUUCAGUUCCUCUUGCACCGGUAAAAUUAAAAUUGGGUUUCAAGCAUCGCCGAUCAUUUCAUAUUUACACUUGUAUGGGCGAUGAGUUUGUAAGUGUAAAUUUACAGUUGUAAGACGUCAGUCGCUUUGUGUUACAAGGGAUUCUUAACCGGAAGUGCAUUCUUCUAACAAAAAUUUUGUAAAUUAACCCAGGAAACCGAGUUGACAGUUUUUCCAAGCAAUGGCUUUCCGGCCUUCCAAAUCCUCUUACAAGAGUAAAAUUACAGUUGUAGGGCUAUCGGGUUUCCGAAUUCACGAGUCCUAUUAUAAGAGUAAAUUUACACUUGUAAGUGUAAAUUUACUCGUGUAAAAUGUCAUUAGCCUCUCCUUACAAGUGAAACUCUAUGCCUCCGGCAUCUGGCGGGAAGGCGUUAUUCCAAUAAAUAUUUGUAUUUUAAAUGAAUUAACUGAGGACACCGAGUUGGCAGUUUUGUUCAAGCAGCGGUUUUCCGACUUUCCUAAUCUUCCUACAUGUUUCGGACCUUGCAAUUUGCAAGAGUAAUUUUGCGCUUGUGAGAGCGAUGGGUUUGCAAUCUCCCUGGUCCUCUUGCAAGUGUAAAUUUACCCCUGUAAGAUGUACAAGUGUAAAUAAAAACCUGCAUUUUUAAUGUAAUGUUAAAAUCUAUAAUACGAAGUCGCUCGGUUCGAAAAAUUUCGUAAAAUCGCUGGUUUGCAGGCGAGAAAUUUGCUCAAAAACGGAUAAUAUUCGGGGCGUCCACUGUCAAUAUUUAAUAUUAAAUAUCGACGUCCGUUGAGAAAACGCCCCGUAUAUCACGUAUAAUAUGUGACAAUCACUCGAAAUCUCUCUCUUUCUCUGUCGACCAAUGAUGACGCGUCGCUCCGCGAUCGGACAUAUCACGUACGCGGCGAGCCCCUCCCGCUAUGUAAAUAGCGUCCCCGCCCCUCCCCGUGGGGGCGGCGGGGCUUUUGUACGGCGUUAUAUCAUAUCUUGUAUAGUCAAAAAUAUUUUUACACGGUGUAGAACUAAAACCUUUUUAAAACGCGACAGCAUAGUAGACGACCCGCCGGGUCCACUGUUUAAGUGGGCGUGUCGACCCCCCCGCCCCGCCCCCGGCCCGCCCCCGUUUCCCCGCCGCCUGCGCCGCGGAAAAAAUAAAAUUUUUCUAUCGAUAUUUUUCUACCACGUAUUAUAUGUCUGCGGGAUUUUUUACACGAACAAGGAGACGGACCGGGGGCGGGAGCCGACGGAAAUAAAAUUAUUUUGUAUAGGAAGUAGUUUUAAGCCGCGUCUGUUUUUUUGUUUUGUUCGACAAUGAAAUUGUUUAAAAAAAGUAAUUACUAAAAUUGUGAGCGUUUUUCUAUAUACAUAUAUAUAUUUGUUGCCGUAUUUUAUCCGACGUAUUGUUUUUUUUUUUUUUUCGUUUUAAUUGGUUUUAUUUCGGAAUUUUAGUACUACAUAUAUACUUCAAUAAAGUAACCUCCAAGAGAAGGGGCCGCCUCGCGCAGUUGUUUCAUUUUUCUAACCCGAUCCGGAUCCUUCGAUGACGCUCGCCACAUUUUUGUAAUGUUUUACAUUUUUUGCACUUACCUUAUGUAGUUUUUGCAAUGUCGGCAUCUCAAUUUAUUUAUUUCUUUUUUGUAAUACCACGCCGUUACAUUUUUUUAUAUAUUCCUAUAUAUUCCUAUUUUUUAUAUAUUCCUACGAUAUAAUAAUAUCGUCCCUAAGUGCAUUUUUUGUAAUGUCGAUAUUUCAAAACAACAUAGUAUUCCUACAAACCGUCAGUCGUUCAAACUGUUGACCACGUGGCAAUUCCGUAUUGCAACGCUACUUCCAUACUUUUUUCUUUAUAUGUAUAUUGAUAUCCCAAUUGAUACGAUUAAAUUUCAAUAGGUGCGUUUUUUUGCAAUGCCUGUUAUACUCAUUGAUAAAUUUUCGCAAUGGCUUUUUCUCCGCAAACUGCAUUUUUCUAUGUAUAUUUAUCAUUGCUAGGCGCAUUUUUUUUUUUGCGAUUGAACAUUUCAAAUGUAACGUAGGUACUAGAAUGAAUAAUCAUCGGCAUUAAUAAAUUCCUGCAACGGCCCGUUCUCUCUCAAUAGGCCAAUUUUUUUUUGUAAUGUCGUGUCCGCCCGUCUAUUCAGAAUUUAAUUUUUGCAAAGUCUUGUUUUUGCAAUGUCGACAUUUCAAAAAUGACGCGGAGGUGUUCGAGUAACGAUCGACAUUGAUACAUUUUUGCAAACCGCCUGCCGUUGAAACAUUGGAUUGCAAUUGCGUAUUUUUUUGCGCAAUACGUUUUUGCAAUGCCCCAAUCCUCGCGUUUAGAUUGCAAUGCCGCUCGUAUGUUUUUGCGAAUAAUUUAAACGGUAUAGAUUUUGGCGAUGCCGCAGUGGCGUGUUUUUUUUUUACAAUCCAACAUUACCAGAAUAUCCGCGCCAGGUAAGGGCGCAGGUCCGGAUCUCGCACAGGCCCGUACUGAUGAAUUUUCGAGCCGCCGACGCCACAUUUCGUCGCACGCCGGUGGGGUGUUCCCGUACGUCUCGGGGGGGAUCGGCUGCGACGCGUGUGACGCGAAGCCUGCAACUAUGCGCGGCGGCAACGUCGCCUAGUUCCGUGCCUCCGCCUUUAGAAGUAAUACCGACGACGACACAUCGUCAUCAUGCAACGAGGCGCGCAACGCCUAGGCGGGGGCGCGACCAAAAACAACGGCGCCUCCGCGGUCCGCCGCCCCCCCGGCUCUCUAGUGUCGGGCCUACGCCCCUUCAACCGGCCGUACGACGGCAAAAUAGCCGGCCUCUACGACUUGGAGGAGACGCUCGGCCGCGGCCAUUUUGCCGUCGUCAAGCUCGCCCGGCACGUGUUCACCGGCGAGAAGGUCGCCGUCAAAGUCAUCGACAAAAGCAAGCUGGACGACGUCUCCAAGGCGCACCUGUUCCAAGAGGUUAGGUGCAUGAAGCUGGUGCAACAUCCGAACGUGGUGCGCCUCUACGAGGUGAUCGACACCGCGACCAAGCUCUACCUGAUACUCGAGUUGGGCGACGGCGGCGACCUCUACGAGUACAUCCUGAAACACGACUCCGGCCUGCCGGAGGAAAUGGCGCGCGAAUAUUUCGGGCAGAUAGUGCGCGCGAUCUCGUACUGUCACCAGCUGCACGUGGUGCACCGGGACCUGAAGCCCGAGAACGUCGUCUUCUUCAAGAAGCUGGGCGUCGUCAAGCUAACCGAUUUCGGGUUCAGCAACAAGUUCUACCCGGGCCAGAAGCUGGAGACGUCGUGCGGCAGCCUCGCGUACUCCGCCCCCGAGAUCCUGCUCGGCGACUCUUACGACGCCCCCGCGGUCGACGUCUGGUCACUGGGCGUCAUCCUCUACAUGCUGGUGUGCGGGCAACCGCCGUUCCAGGAGGCGAACGAUUCGGAAACGCUUACCAUGAUUAUGGACUGUAAAUACAACGUGCCGCCCCACGUGUCCAAGGAGUGUCGCGACCUGAUCGCCCGUAUGCUGAUCCGGAACCCGGAAAAACGAGCGACCCUGAAGGAGAUCGCGAACCAUCCGUGGUUGGCCGGCGACGCGAAGGACAACCAGAGCGACGCGCUCGCGCUGCCGCUCGUGUCGCGCGAGCAACUCUCCGAGGAGGAUCACGGUUUCAUCGUCCAGAAGAUCGUCAACGGGAACAUCGCGACCAAGGAGGAGAUCCAGGAGUCGCUCGACAAGAACGAGUACAAUCACAUCACCGCCACGUAUUAUCUGUUGGCGGAGAGGAAGUUGCGGUCGAAAAGGGCGGACGCGGCCGGUAAAAAUAAAAGGCCCGAGAAUUUGGCCGUGUCGAAGGGUGGAGGAGGAGGCGGAGGCGGCGGCGGCGGCGGCGGCACCCAGAAGAGGGAGAACAACGGGACGGCGCCGGGCUCGUGUCUGCUGAACGUGCCGAGGACGCCGGGUGACUUGCCGCAGAGGUCGAGAAAAUGCAGCAUCGUCCAGGAGGACGAGGAGGAGGAGGACAUCUCGUCGUGUUCGGGGCGCGAGGAGUUGGGGCCGCCGCUGAACCGGCGGGGCUCGCGGUCCGAAGGCCGGCUGAACCUCGCACUCCAAGAGAGGAUCGCGGACACCGAACGCAAGAAGAGCGAGCCGGCGCCGCCCUCGCAGAGGCCGUCCAUCAGGUGGCAUAAACAGGGCAAGUGCGCGGAAGACAAGGGCGAGGAAGCGUCGGUGCCCACCACCGUCAUCACCGACUCGUCCACCAUCACGAUCCCGAUCAUAACGACGAGUAGCACGCCGACGGAGCCGUCGAUACCCAAAUACAAGACGAUGCCGUCGCCGACGCGGGGCAACGGCCUCCAACUGAACGAGAUUUUCGAGGAGGGCGAAUCGGACACUACGCAGAGGCCGCAGGCGCGUCAAUUCGUCAAACGCACGCCGUACGAGCAGAGGCGGUCCAAGUUUCACAAGACCCGCACCGCGUCCUGCAGCUCGUCGGAUGCGAGCGACGACGACAGCGAGAAACGCAAGAAACGCGCGCACAAGCUCAACCCCGCCUCCGCCAAACCGUCUCAGGGCAGACGGGACAGCUACGACGACAGCAGCGACUCGCAGGAACCUGGGGCCGGCGGCACCGUCGGAGACGGCGGCCAAGGCGUCGGCGGAGUCGUCGUCGCCGCGUCCGAGAACCGAGGCGACACCGGGAACUCGCAGCAGAACAAGAGCGGCGAGAAGGGCGACGGCGGCGGCAGGAAGAACGCGGGGGGCGGCGGCGGAGGCAGCGUCGCGAUGCUCGGGCGCCGCCACAAGGCCAGCCGAAGGCGGGGCGGCGAGACCAGGCUCAGGGAAAGCCAGUCCCUGAACAGAAUAACCGAAGUGCAAGAGGACGGCGCGGCGCACGCGCUCGUGAUCUCCACUACCGUGAUGGGCACGCAGGGCCCGUUGACACCGAAGGUGAAAGGUCUGGGCGCGCGCAUCCUGCAGGGCCUCAGCAUGUCGGCGAAGCGUCAGCCGGCGACCGACGAAAAGGGCGGCGCCGCGCAUCACGUGUCGCGCAAGGAGGCGGCAGCGGCUGCCAAAACGAACAUCGAUAAGGAGGGCGUCAAGCCGUCGUCCGAGCGGAAAAAGACGCGAAUCCUCGGCAAAUACUUCCAAGUGCACCGGAAGCUGUGCAUACCGCUGCCGGUGAUCUUCAACAAGGGCAACCGGCUAUACAAGGCGCAGUCGUGCGGAUCGCUGGCCCGGGACAAGGUGGUCAAGGGCGACGCGACGCUUAAAGGCCGCCAGAGGGCGGUCAGCGCGUUCCGAAACAGUCUGGGCAACGAGGCGGACCUCGGCGCGAAUAAGAUCGAGCGCGCGCGACGCAAAUCGGCGACGGUAGUUCACUUGAACAACGUGUGCAACGAGCUGACGGGCAUGUGCGCGGUGCACCUCGGGCAAACGUCCAAGCGCAGCUUCUGCUGAACUCCGCCCCUCUCACCCGUUCAAACAUAUACAUACAUAUUUGUAUAUUAUACAUAUUGUUUUUCUUCCUCGUUUACUGCUAGCCAAAGUUUUACCCUAGGUUUAAUUCGGAGUUUUUUUCUUUUUAUAUUUCUCGUUGUGUGGUCGUAGUUUGCGCGCGGAAAAUGUCGCGGGUUCGAUCGAACUACCGCGGGUAGUUCGAACGUCCCGCGGCUCGAAUCAAAACACUUAGGAUAAUACACUGUUAGGGUUAGGGUCUACUUCGCGUUUUCCUUUUUUUUUUACAUUGGCGGUAGGUCGAACGUACGACGGCGACGCGCACUGUGAUAGGCCCCGGAGAGCGGCGCCCGUUGUUUUUCUUUUUUCCUUUUCGACGGGGUUAUAGGGAGGGGGAGGAUCGCGAGCGCGUCGGAAUAAGACUGAUUUUUUGAACAUUUUUCCGCCCGUUUCGCGCGUGCCGCGUUUUGUUCUGUAUAUAUUUGUGUAUUCGGAGCGAGUGUGCAAUAAUUUACGCGGCGAUUAGUUCGAACGCGCCUCGUGACCGUCGGAGUAUGUGCUGUGCACAGCGAGUAGUAGGACGUCGCUAAGUUCGCGCGAGAUCCCCGCCUCCCCGAUCCAGUUUCGUACCCGACACUAUUUGUGGUGUGCCUUUAUAUUUGUGUGUAGAUGCUAUUUAUUGAUGUCAAGCUGGUCUUGCCGUUAGUAAUGGUUGUCGAUAUGUCGCGAGCACUCACCUUGUUUCAUUGCGUCUAAUAAAUAUAUUACUUACGAUGCCCUCGCGGUUUAUUU